GAUCGCGAGCGAGAGAAAUAAAACUGCGAGACCUUCUUUUAAAGCGUUUAAAGACGUGCCAACAGUGCCACGAGUGAUGCUGGAUUGCUCAGUCCUAACCAAGUUUGUUAAAUAAAUAUUUCUGUUUAAUAAUCAUAUACAAAAUGUCGAGUGUUCAAAGCUUUUAUAAAAAUAAAAAUAUCUUCAUCACCGGUGGUACUGGAUUUUUAGGUAUCGCUAUAGUUGAGAAGAUUUUGCGGUCGUGUCCGGAUGUUGGUGGCAUUUAUUUAUUGAUGAGACCGAAGAAAGGAAAAAAUGUUGCGGAAAGGUUACAGGAAAUUACCACGAAUGCUAUAUUCGAAACCCUACUACAGCAAGUAUCGGACGAUAUUUUCAAGAAGCUGCAUGCAGUAGCGGGUGACGUUGGAGAGGAAAAUUUGGGUCUUUCUCUAGAGGAUCGUUCUGCGCUGGCGAAAACUAUUGAUGUAGUCAUCCACUCCGCUGCUACAUUGGAUUUCCAAGCUACCUUGAAACCUACUGUACAGAUUAACCUCCUGGGAACUCGCCGUGUCAUGCAACUGUGUAGAGAAAUGCAAAAUUUAAAAUGCAUGGUUCAUGUAUCAAGCGCAUAUGUAAACGCAUUUCUGAAGGAAACCGAAGAAAGGUUGUACCCAACGCACGAAAGUGCAGAGAAAAUUAUCGAUCUCGUCAACACCUUAAGCGAAGACGCAUUAGACGAACUUACUGAUAGAUUACUUAAGGAUCAUCCUAAUACUUAUACAUUUACGAAGCAUUUAGCCGAGCACGAGGUGGACAAAUGUGCCAGCAUUUUCCCAUGCGGGAUUGUUAGACCUAGUAUGAUAACUGGUGCAUGGAAGGAACCUGUUCCCGGAUGGACAAUUUCAAAAAACGGACCUCAAGGAUUUCUGAUGGGCGCAGCUAAGGGUAUUAUUCGGCGAUUGCCAGUUGGAACAGAGCUUAUUUGUGAUUACAUACCGGUUGACACUGUAGUAAAUCAGAUUUUAGUUACGGGUUAUUAUAUCGCGGACAGGAACACCAAACAAAUAAGUAUUUUCCAUUGCACGUCAAGUACGUGUAAUCCAUUCAAAUGGGAUAGUGUUAAAGAUAAGGUUAACGAAUAUCUGCACAAAUAUCCAUUGAAAUCUGCUGUGUGGUAUCCUCAUCUCAAGUUUGUACCGAGUUUAUGGUUAUACAAAAUCUCUGCGAUACUCGUUCAUUUCUUACCAGCGUACUUGCUAGAUUUUGUUACCAAAAUAUGUGGAGGAAGACCCAUUUUGGUUCGAUUACACACGAAUGUUUGGGAGUCACUGAAUCGAUUGGAAAAGUUUAUUUUCAGCGAAUGGAAGUUCAACAAUGCCAAAACUUUGGAACUGAGUCGACAGCUGACUGAAAAAGACAGAACCGUAUUCGAAAUUGACAUCACGUCCUUGCAGUGGCCUGAAUAUUUCGUGAAUUUGGCUCAGGGAGUGCGCCGUUAUCUCAACAACGAACAUCCCAAAUCACUGGAAGCAGCUCGCAAGAAAGAUUCGAUAUUACUAAUCGUUCAUAUCCUAUUUCAAGCACUAAUUGUUGCACUUCUAUGGUUUAUCAUAUCAAAAGCAUUUGGAAUUCCGACUAUUGGUGCUUUGGUCUUGGUUCCUGUAUUGUAUGGAGCUUUAAACUUGCUGUGAUGAAUAUGUAUGAAUUUUCCAUGUAUACCUGCUACAAGGAACUACGACUGUUUGAUUACAAUUUGGUCUCGGAUAAAAUGGAAGGAUAAGGUACAA